GCAUCAAAUAUGACUCAUAAAAAGGAUAGUAUAAAUGGCGCAGGCAUUCUCUCGUUAUCCACUGCGGUAGCUUCCCAGCAAAAAUAUGGCGGCCUCGCUUUGCAAUCUAGCAUGCUCGCCGCUUCUUCGUCUGCCUUUUCCUCGGGAACAUGGAACUCAUCACAAGGCCAGAAAAUUAAUAACAAAAAAUUAUAGUGACUUAGAUAAACCAGAAUCUAGAAUCACUAGUUUAAGCGCUGGUAACGUUAACAUGGAGCUUGGUCUCGAAUCUGAGGAACGACUAUAUCUUGGCAUGGAUUUUGGCACAUCUGGUGCGCGAUAUGCUGUAAUUGACCAGGAAGGCAGCAUAUGUGCUGAGGGAAAGAGAGAGUACCCUUUGUUGAUGAGUGAGGAAACAGUAGAUUGGGUAAAAUCCUGGAGAACAACACUUUUCAGCCUCUUGGAAGAUAUUCCUGUCAGUCUCCGUCCAGCUGUUGCAUCCAUUUCGAUCGAUGGCACUUCUGCGACAACAAUCAUAAUUGACAGCAAAACAGGUGAACCAUUGUGUAAGCCUUUCCUAUACAAUCAGAGUUGUUCUGAAGCUCUACCAAUAGUAAAAGCAAUUGCUCCAGCUAAUCACACAGUUUGCUCUGGAUCCUCCACAUUGUGCAAAUUGGUCUCCUGGUGGAAUUCUGGUACCCCUAAAACUUCAGCAGCGUUACUGCAUCAAGCAGACUGGUUGUUGUUACUUCUUCAUGGAAAGCUCGGAGUGACUGAUUACAACAAUGCAUUGAAAGUUGGUUAUGAUCCUCAAUUGGAGUCAUACCCUCAAUGGCUACUUUCUCAGCCUUAUUCUAGUGUUUUACCCCUUGUGCAAGUUCCAGGAACCAAAAUUGGCACCAUGAUAGAAAGCAUCCAAACACGUUUUGGCUUCGCAAAGGAUUGUAUCAUCUGCACGGGAACCACUGAUAGUAUAGCCGCAUUCCUUGCAGCACGUGCAACUGAACCCGGAAAAGCUGUCACAUCAUUGGGUUCAACACUUGCUAUCAAACUUCUAAGCACCACGAGAGUAGAUGAUGCACGUUUCGGGGUGUAUAGCCAUCGGCUUGAUGAUAAAUGGCUUGUUGGUGGAGCUUCAAACACAGGUGGAGCCGUCCUUAGACAAAUCUUUACCGAUGAUCAGCUGGAGAAGCUGAGCCAGCAAAUAAAUCCUGCAGAGGCCUCUCCUCUUGAUUAUUAUCCUUUGCAAGACAUUGGAGAACGAUUUCCUGUAGCCGACCCAAAAAUGGAACCCAGAUUGCACCCUCGCCCUGAAAGUGAUGUGGACUACUUGCAUGGCAUUCUAGAGUCCAUUGCUCGCAUCGAGGCGCAAGGGUACAAGUUGUUGACGGAAUUGGGGGCAACACCUGUGGAAGAGGUUUUCACUGCUGGGGGAGGGUCCAAAAACGAUAAAUGGAUCAAGAUACGCGAGCGUGUCAUGGGGUUGCCUGUCCGCAAGGCGCUGCAGACUGAGGCUGCUUAUGGAGCUGCAUUGUUAGCCUUAAAGGGUGCUUCACAGUAACUCACAUUACUCUACUCAUUUCAUAUGGCGCAAUUAUCACUACUUGUUUUUAGUCCUGCAUAGCAUGUAUUCAACUAGUGUUUGCGACAUGAGAUCAAAUGUGAAAGCUGCAAUAACCAGAACGUUUGGAAUAUGUCAUAUAAAUUAUAAUCGAUCAUCUCUUACAAGUUC